AACACACAUCACUUAAAAGGUAGGAUUUUUCCCCACGUGUUUCAAUUGAAUUUCUCUUUGUGUCAAGCCAUUUUUAAGUUCUAGUUAAGUUUUAAGUUAGUCUAAACUGUAAGUCCUGAUAGGAUUUUGAGUUUUUGCAGUGUUCAAAAUAAAUGUAUGAUACAGGCUGUAUUGGAGCAAAUUAGGGAGCAGUGCUACUUGGUGUUUUAUCCAGCAAUGACUACUGAGCUAAAAUUGAUAGUUAGCAUGAUUAAGUUUUUAUUUUACACCCUCAUCACUCCACAAUGCUAUGUUAUGUUAAAGCCUGUAUGUAAGACACGUUAGCCACGCAUCGACAGUGGUCAUAAUUAAAUGAAACCUAGCCCUCCGCAGGGCUAACGUUACGUGAGCUAGUAGCGACAGUGACGUUAAUCUUAUUUAUUAGCGCUUAGCGCUCUUUAUUAGCGCUUAGCGCUCUACUGCUUUAAGAUGGCGGCUGUUUACUAACACUGCCCAGACGCGGCCGAGUCUGUCAUUGCGCAUCUAGUUUAACAUACAUGUGAUCUCUAUGAGACUUAACAGACGCUACCUGUACCAACGUAGCAUCGUGCGGGCUAGUAUUUAGCAACGUCGGCUGCAGUAAGUUUUUUUUUUUUUCCUUCUUCCUCUCCGCACGUGACAGCGCGUUGUACCGCAUUAAAAGUAGUCCGAGCAAAACGUGAUGCUUAGAGCUGUCAAAAUAAACGAUUACUCGAGGUGAAAAAAAUUACUCGGAUCAGUUUUUAAACUCGAGUUACUCGAGUUGCUCGAGUACUCGUUUCAGCUCUACAUUUAAUAUUGUUGAUUUUAAUAAUGUUGAUUUUGAAAACUAAUGCAGUGGCCAGUUGGUUGAAUGGCCUCAAUUGAUUUAAGAGGACAGACUGAUCCCUAACCACGGGUUCGUGGCACAUUUGCUACCAGGCCGCAGAGAAAUAAAUAAAUUAUUUAUUGAUAAUGACAGCAAUCUGGCUUGUGCCUCUUGACACAUCAAUAUGCCUGUCAACUGUAUUGACUAAUCCAAGUAGAGAUUUGUGUACGUCGCCCUCUGGUGGUUGGCCACCAUUACUGGUGUGUUGGCACACCUAUAGCAGCCCAGCGUCAUUCGAUGUAAACAUUGAUGUUUGCUGCUGUUGGCUGUGUACAGGUUUUUUUGGCAUAUGGCAAAAUUGCUUUUGGCAAAUGGCAAUUUUUUGUCAUUGGCAAAAUGGCUUUUGGCAUAUAGCCUUCUUUUUUCAGGCCAUGCACAUCCAAAUUUCCCAAUCAUUUUCAAUGGCAGAAAAACGUGUUGCCAGUUAACGGUGCCAGUUGUAUGUUAGUGCGCUGUAAUGGUAAGUGUUAUAGUCAAACAUUUUUCCUGCCAUUGACCAUAAAUGGGAAAUUUGGACGCGCAUGGCAGUCAGUGGCAUGGACGUGCAUGGCAUGCAAAAAAUGCAACAUGUUAAAAAAUGCAAUAUGUUUAAAAAAAAAAAAAUAAAUAAAUAAAACUGCCAUAUGCUAAAAGCCAUUUCCCAUCAUAUGCGACAAAAACUGCUAUAUGCCAAACACAUGCCAAAAGACAAUUUGCCAUAUACAAAAAAAACUGCCAUAUGCCAAAAGCCAUUUUGCCAUACGCCAAAAAAACUGCCAUAUGUCAAAAGACAUUUUGCUGUGUGUCAAAUACCACAUUUGGUUCUUGCUUUCUCUCAAAAAAGGCCCACACCACACCGGUCUGUGGUGCAAAAAAGGUUGGUGACUACUGACCUUUUAUAUAAAUGAAUUUCGUUUGAAAGGUGGUUGCUCAAAGUUGAAAUAUGCAAAUUGCAAAUAACCUCUGAUAAGAGUGAAAAUAACAACACAAAAAAUGUCCCCGCUUGCCAUUUUGUGACGUCUUUAAUGUUCACGCACAUACACACUGAUAACUUCGAGCACAGGCAUCUGGGAUGGGUUAUCAGUGUUGUUUUUGGCCUUUUAAUUUUAAAUUUAAUUUUCGUCUUUUGGACAAUAAUACUUGGUCUUGUUUUAGUCAUUUCAAAAUGUGUUGGAUAGUUUUAGUCAACGAAAUCUCAUACAAAUUUCUUCUAGCUUUUGUUGACAGUAAGUCAAAAUGUAUUCGUUUAUAAAAUUCAAAACGUUUAGUCCAAAAAUAAACAAAUAAAGGUUUCCAGCAAUUUGGAAUGACAGACGAGCACAUAAUUAAACAGCUAGUCUUCAAGGAAAUCUCCAUCUUCGUGAUGAAAAUACACACUCAGCAGGAGAACGAUAUUGUUUUCAGUUAAUUAAACUCACCUGGCUGCCAUGAAAAAAAAAAAGUUGCCCACGAGUUUAAGACGAUGCGCGCCACGCCAAAUGCUAAUACUAAGGCUAAUGCUUCAAGUUAUAUUCAAUGCUUGAUUAUCACUCAGCAAAAACCUUUAACUCAUUCACUCCCAGCCAUUUUAACCGGUGCAACCCCCGGCCGUUUUACUGGAUUUUGACUUAUUUUGCAAGGCCUACAGAAAAUUCUGUUCUAUUGCUAUAUAAACACAGAACCCACCAAAAGAAAUAUUACUCUCUUCUUUCAGCAGGAAGAAAAAGUAAGUUCAUAUCUUUUUCCAUUCUUUAGAAAUCAGCAUUAGAAAAUAGCUUAGUUUGAGCAGUUUUCCAAUUUCUGGUGAAAAAACAGAAAUUGAGCUUUUUGUGAAAGCAUACAUUUCAAACAUAACUUUGAUUUUUAUUUUUUGCUUUAGUUACAUCCCAAACAUCUGAAUGUUUUCAUUUUACAAAUCAACAUAAACAACAAGACAAAUAGAGCUUUUGAUCGCAAAGUAACAAUUUAUUUACACAUAACUAACUGAGAGAUGACGCUGUUGUCGCCGCGACAAACUUUUCCCUCAUCGCCGCCUAUCUAAUAAAAAUGGAUUUUUUGAGUCCCUGCGCGGUCUGCUCGGCGAGCAGCACGGACUCAACGGCAUCGUCCGCUGCACUGGUGGUCCCGGUCAUUCUGCUCGGUCGUCCAGCGCCUGGCAUCCCGGGCGUCCUCUAGGUUGUUCUCCAUUCAGUCGUCUUCCGCCGGCACCCGGCUGUGCGGCCCGGCCGUUCGUUGCCUUUGAAUCGGGUUGCGGGUCUUACCAAAUGCGCUACUGCCAUCCAGUGGCCAGUUUUAUUGCUUUAAAAUGGAUUUUCAUCUUUGUGCUUUGGAGCUAAAUUGAAUCAGAACUCAGAGAUGUCUCUUGUGAAAAAACUAGGGCUGUCAAACGAUUAAAAUUUUUAAUCGAGUUAAUUACAGCUUAAAAAUUAAUUAAUCGUAAUUAAUCGCAAUUCAAACCAUCUAUAAAAUAUGCCAUAUUUUUCUGUGAAUUAUAUAUAUAUUCUGUAAAAUAAAUUGUUGGAAUGGAAAGAUAAGACACAAGAUGGAUAUAUACAUUCACCAUACGGUACAUAAGGACUGUAGUGGGCAUUUCACUCUACUGUCAUUUAAAUCUGUCUAUGCUGUCCUCACUCCGAAGCGUCUACUUUUUCCAAAGCUUGACAGCUAGUGAACGACGCCUUAAUAAUCAGACUUCUUUCUUUUUCAUCUGAUUUAUUAAUAAAAUGGCCUCAAACUAUUGUCCUCUUUAGACCGUAAAAAAAAAGUACACAAGCAUUGCAUUAGCAACAACGUUAGCUUAGCACGCUAUACAGGUAAACAUAAACAAAAAGCGUCUCAUACAAAAAAUAUUAACAUUUCGCUAAUUAACAUAAUAUGUACAUUCUUUACAACAACCAUACUUACGGACAAAUCUUGUCCAAGGAUCAUAUAAGCACAACAGAGACGUUGUGCAGCCAUAUUGAACAGGCAAGAAAAGAAUAAACCAUGUCGCAAAGCGACCACAAGAGUUCGCUGUUAGACAGCAGAAAAAGCCUUGCUGUAAAACUUACCAAAAGGCAGAAUACUGUCUGAGCGGGACAUGUGCGUUAAUUGCGUCAAAUAUUUUAACGUGAUUAAUUUAAAAAAUUAAUUACUGCGCGUUAACGCGUUAAUUUUGACAGCCCUAAAAAAAAAAAAAAAAAAAAAAAAAACGUAAAUGACGUAUAAAUACAUCUUUGUGACACUGAAACAAUUAAAAAUAGAACGUAUUUAUACGUUUUUGGGAGCAAAUGAGUUAAAGGCUAAAGCAACACGGUCAAGAUAAGAAAACAAUUUAUACCAUGUGUUUUCAAAACAAGCAAGUCUGGAGCCUGGAGAGGACACCGGUGAGUAAGUGUGGGUGUAGGGCGGUGCGGGCCGUGGUACGUAGCACGUCAAAUGAGUGACACAACCAAACACUGCUACGAUGCAUGCUAACUGCACACACGAUAAGAAAAUGUCACACAUUGUGAACUUAUGACGGAAACUAUGGCGCAUUUUCAUCUCGUCAGAUGAAAACUAGCAUUCGUCUCGUGAUGUUUUAGUCUCCCAAGAACAAUUGAUAAAAUGUCUGUCCCCAGAACAAGCGGUCACUUCUUGGAAAUACUGGCUUUUAUUCACAUUUUCUCGAGUAUUACACAUUAAUUAUCAAAUUUAUUUUAUUAAAUGAGAUUCUUACUGCUGUGAUGCAAAUAAGCAAGAUGUCUGUCUUGUCAUUGAAAUUCAAGAGAGUAGAGCAGAGCAAUUUGUAACUCACAUUAAAUCUGCUGAAUUGCUAGUGAAGAAACUGGACCAUUGUUGGUGCUAACAGGAAUUUUUAGUACAAUUACCACAAAAAUGGCCUGUAAUUAUGAUCUUAUCUGAUCUCUCUUGUAUUUUUGUGCUAUGUGUGCGUAUGCUCCGCAAGAUGGCUACAUUUUGAUCCUAAAGCGGUAUUUGGCGUAGUAUGCUGCUAGUUUGCAUGACUUUUUGUAUCAAAAUUCUGAUCAGUCUUAAAACCACUUGCCGUUUCUCUUCCUGCUUUGGUCUCGAACGUGUGCAUAUACCCUUAUCCUAACCGUAUGCGUGUGCCAGCUGUUUGUGUGUCGAGACAAAUGUGAACUUGGCUCGUCGGGCAUGCGGAGUAGCUCGAGCGAAACCGGAGGAGGGACAUGGGAUAUGUGUUAAAUCAUUCACAGCAGUGUGUGUGUGUCUGCGUGUAUUUGUGUUGACGUGUGCUGCCGACUCACAACAAUGCCAGGAUGUCUACAGUCAUAGCGUCAGGGUCACUGGUGGAAAAACACCGGGUGGGAUGAGAGUCAAAUAUGCAACUGAGUCAGUGGAAAAGCAAACCAUCAUGUGAUAUUUUACCUCGAUUCACCUUCUUAGAAAUAAAGAAAUUCUCCCUUAUAAAUUGCAUUUUUACUUGAAGAUGAAGUAAGUCCGCGUACGGAAGUUGCAGAGUCAGCUAACUGAAAUCCUUGCGGAGAAACGGCGGAAGUUUGACAGGAAAGCCAACAAUUGGAGGCUAAUAUGAAAAAAUUCCACUGCAGUACUGCUGAUGCCUUUUUAUAAAUAUAGAAUGUGUGUAUCUGUGAUUUCAAUAUGUGUUGUUGUGUUGCAUUAGAUGGUUUUGUUCAACAUUGUCAGCAUUUAAUGCACUAAAAUUGUUGUGGCUUACAUGCUUAAAUCAAGAGAUGGGUAGUAACCUGUUACAUUUAAUUGAGUAACUCAUACCUGUCAAUCCGAGGCCGUUGGCAAUCUUACAAAUAGUGGCGUAUGCCCUUACAAAUUGGUGACUAAUCUUACAGCGUCUUAUAUAGCGUGCAAUAUGAAACCAAAAUAAAACUAAAUUUUUAAAAUAAUAUGAAUUUAUUGGUAAUAUUGUCACAUAUAGCCUGGUGCAAUCAAAGAACAAUAUCUUCAGCUACAUCAUGAUUACUAAAAUUUAACUGUGACUUUUGUUAUAAUUGUAAGUAGCACUUUUGGCAAUUUCUAUCAUGUCUUUUGAUGGCUGCACUUCAGCUCGCAAUUCAGUUUGACUUGAAGGUAGUUUGUUAGUGUGUCCAAUUAUAAAUUAAAAAGGUCAAUUGAUAAAAUUAAUUUACCGAUGCAAUCUUUGAGUCAGGGAACUUUUCUUUUGCUGAUUCUGAGAAGUGAUCAGCAAUAGUUGCGGUCAAAUUGUGUUCGGCAACAAAUUGGCAGAAUAAAAUCUCCGCUUUCGUCACUUUUAAUUCUGCAGACUCCAUCUUAAUGACAAGUGUUGUUAAUCUUACUUUAAAAAAGUAAUUAAUUACAGUUACAAAUUAUCUCCCAAAAAGUAAUUGAGUUAGUAACUCAGUUACCUGAAUGUAAGAGUAAUUAGUUACUUGGCAAAGGAGCUGGUGUUACCUUUCAUGUUUUUUUUUUCAUUUAAAAAGUAAAAAUAAAAAAACACCAUAGUAACCUUUGCUAUGUUUGGAAGUCAUUUAAUGUUGCGAAUCAAGCGUUAAAGUUGUUAUAAUUGCUCCCGUUUUUGCAAUAGUUCCCUUCUGUCUGCUUUCGACAUGUGAAAGUUUUAAAACGGUUUCAUCAUUUAAAGAUGGAUUCAAGUCAAGAUUUUGCUGAUUUAGGAGUAUUUUAGAUAAAAGGUUACUUGGGUUCGCUAGGGAGGUUCACUACAACAGAGCCUUUCCGAGAAGUCUACUGCUUUAAGAUGGCGGCUGUUUACCAACGCCGUCAAGUGUAUCAUUUCGCAUCUACUUCAUAUACUUGUGAUUAGAGGCGUGCGAAAUUUCCGAUUCUUAGAUUAUUAGCGAUUUGGCCGUGAAAGAUUCGAGAACGAUUCACAAAUAUCCAAAUUCCGAUUAUUGAAUUAUACCAGGUAAAGCGGAAGUAAAACACAGUUAGUGCGGUCUUUGGGACGCAAUGAUGAACGGACCGAGAGUAAACAUUAUGUUCAACUCAUGCCGCUAGAUAAAAAAAAAAAACAAUCAUACCUGAAUGCGGCCGACAGCCGCUAUAAACAACGCCCAGUUGCUAGUUGCUACAAACAUACGGCUACAGUAGAUAUCACAUAUAUGUAGAAUUAGAUGCAAAACGACCAACGACGUCAGUGUUAGAACAUGUAUUAUUGAACAGAGAUGCGAAAUGACAGACUUUCCGGCGUAAGUAAACAGCCGCCAUCUUAAAGCAGUUGACCUCCCUAGAAGGCUCUGUUGUAGCUAACUUUAUUAACUUUUUAUCUAAAGCACUCCUAAAUCGGCAGAAUCUUGUCUUGAAUCUAUCUUUAAAUGAUGAAAUAGUUUUAAAACUUUGACAAAAGUAAACAGAAGGGAAAUUAUGGAAUAACGGGAGCAAUUUUAAAAACUGUAACAGUUGAUUCACAACAUUAAAUUAAUUGAAUGUAGUUUAAAGCUGCUGAUACAGAAUGGGGACCGGAGUUUUUUUAUUUACUGUUAUUUUUGUAUAUUUGUUUACUGUUAUAUGUUAACUUGAUACUGAAAUAGUAGUUUGGUUUAGCCUGAGAGGAUUUUUGAACAAUUUUGGGACUAAUGUACAAAACAUAAAAAAAAAAAAAAGAAAAAAAAAAGGAGGGGGGUGCAUCAAUAAUCAUUUUAUAAUUGAAUUGGAGCCUCUGAAUCAUAAUCGUAAUCGAAUCGUUAGGUGCCCAAAGAUUCCUAGCUCUACUUGUGAUAUCAACCGCAGCAUCACGUGGGCGUAGUUUGUAGGCUGUCGGCUACAGUCAGGUAUUAUUGGAGCCACCUAGCCUAGCAUCGCGUUUGCAACGGCGUCACAACUCCCCUUUUCCCACUCCCGCUCUUCUUUCUCCAUGUCUCUGACUUUUCUCGCGCCAUUCAACUAACGUAGUAACGAAUAGUAACGCACAUUGUCUCGUUGCGGUGGCAAAAUCCGAACGGAGGAAAAAAAAAACGUAAUGCACGAAAAAUACAGAUUUUGAACGUACGGCGUACACAUUUAAAAAUCAAUGCUCACUUGUACAAAUUACGCCGAAACCGUACAACUUGACAGGUAUGGUAACUACUUGAGACAAAUGUACUUCUUAGAGUAGUGUUACUAAGCCAUACUUUUUAGUUGAGUAGAUUUGUGAAGAAGCGCUACUCAGUACAUUUUUUGGAUGAUUAACUUUACUUGAGUAGUAAUUUUUUGAAGUAACGCUAAUCUUACUUGACUCAGAUUUUUGGCUACUCUACCCACGUCUGGAUAUACUUUUUAAUGCAGGAAAACUGACGUGUCAUUUUUUUGUUGGGUUUGUUAGGUUUGUCUGACUGUAUUCUUUUUACGUGGGAUAACUACUUUGUGUUUGCAUGUCUGUGCGUUUUCGGCUUGACAAUCCAUGCCCAAGGAUGGCAUUACAGUGUUGGGCUCACUGUAUAUUUAACAGCUCUGACUCAUCAGUCCUUCCUCUCGCAUGGCCAGCGUUUGCCAGUCUAUGUGCGUAUAUGUGUGCGCACGUGCUGACCCACUCUAAAAUGAAAGUGGCAAACCAAAGCAUCCUUUCUGGGCUAUUUUUUUUGACCAUAUGUGCUGCUGGAAGCGAAAGUAAAGACCUUUGAUGCAAAAUUUGGCUCAUGCGUUUACAACAUUCACAAAGUUUUUGAUGCUGUACACCAGGAAUUUUCACACUUUUUGGGCCGAAUGAGAAGUCAUAAACACAGGCGUUCUGUUUUCAACAAACUGUUGUUAACGUUUCUGAAGCAGGCUAACACAGAUUGAUAAAAAAAGGAAUGCAAGGCCAAGUCGUUUCUAGUGUUGACGUUUUGGUUGUGGAGUAGAGAGAGCGAGUGAGAGGACUUCCUGGAUGAGCGCUUAUGAAAGAUGGUGUCAGAGGAGAUGCGGGAGUGUUCAUAUUUUUCCACGUGGCCUAUUUCUUUCUCCUCGUCUCGCCAGCUCCCCUCCUCCAACACGUCUUCACCGUCCGACGCCAUGUUUGAGACUCCCCCGUGAUCUCCCACCUCCGCGACGAGAUGAGCGUGACAGAGUACAGAAGAAGACCUUCACAAAGUGGGUCAACAAGCAUCUCAUCAAGGUGAGGAAGCACAUUACGGACCUCUAUGAGGACCUAAGAGAUGGACACAACCUCAUCUCCUUACUGGAGGUUCUCUCUGGUGUCUCCCUGCCCAGAGAGAAGGGUCGCAUGAGAUUCCAUCGACUUCAAAAUGUUCAAAUAGCUUUGGACUUUCUAAAACAAAGACAAGUCAAACUUGUCAACAUCCGAAACGAUGACAUCACUGACGGGAACCCCAAACUUACCCUGGGUCUCAUCUGGACCAUCAUCCUCCACUUCCAGAUUUCCGAAAUUUACGUGUGUGGCGAGUCCGGCGACCUCACCGCCAAAGAAAAGCUGCUGUUAUGGAGCCAGCAGGCUACCGAAGGCUACCCAGGCAUUCGCUGCGUCAAUUUCACUUCAUCGUGGAGCGACGGACGCAUGUUCAACGCCCUGCUGCACAGAUACAGACCCGACUUGAUCAACAUGGAGGUGGUGUCACAGCAGAGUAACCGAGAGAACCUGGAGCAAGCCUUCGAGAUUGCCGAGUCGCUAGGGGUAACCAGACUGCUGGACGCCGAGGACGUGGACGUUCCAUCACCGGAUGAGAAGUCUGUCAUCACAUACGUCUCGUCUAUCUACGACGCCUUCCCUAAAAUCCCAGAGGGAGGAGAAGGCAUCGCUGCACACGAGGUGGAUCAGCGCUGGUCCGAAUAUCAGUCCAGGUUUUUGUCUCUGCUCCAGUGGAGCCACCAGCAAACUGCCAUCAUGGCAAACAAGAAUUUCCCACAGAAUCCUGUAGAACUUAAGGCACUUUACAAUGAGUACGUCCACUUCAAGGAGACAGAGAUUCCUGCCAAAGAGCUGGAAAAAAGUCACAUUGAACACCUCUACAAAUUGCUGGAGGUGUGGAUGGAGUUUGGCCGCAUAAAGCUUCCUCAGGGCCUCCACCCCAACGACUUGGAAGAGGAGUGGGGCAAACUCAUCCUGGAGAUGCUGGAGAGGGAGAAACUUCUACGGCCUGCAGUAGACAAACUAGAGUUGCUGCUUCAGAGAGCAAACAAAUUCCAGAACCUUGCCUUGGACUGUGAGGAAAAGCUCACCCUAGCGAAGAACACGCUCCAAGCCGAUGUGUCUCGAGCGGAGAGCGGCGAGGCAGUGCAGUGUGAGAGCGAGCUGGCCCGCUACCUGCACGACUGCGAGGAGCUUAUGGGACAAAUGCAACAAGAGCUCAAAGUCCUCCGAAACGAAAAGUACUACCAAGUGGAGCAGCUCGCGUUUAGAGCGAAGUGCCUUGAAGAAGAGCUGGUGUCUCUCCGACUUCAGUGCUCGAGCUUGUACAGGAAAGGUCACUUUACAGGGGGUGAUUUUCUCACCCGGCGCGCUCCAGCCGAGGGCCCCGGGCUCUCUUUAAGUCAGACCCUGCUCGGUGCGGCGGGCGCCGCCGGUGCCGCCCUCCUGCGACGCCCCGUGGCCCGCUCCCAGCUGGUGGCCAUGUCAUCGUCCGAAGACGAGGGCAGCCUGCGGUUCAUCUAUGAGCUUUUGGGAUGGGUGGAAGAGACGCAGGAGUUUCUGGAAGGGGCGGAAUGGGGAGCGGAUCUUCCUUCGGUGGAAAACAACCUGCAAGAGCACACUAGUGUGCACGCGGCUGUGGAGGAGCUCAUGAGCGGCCUGCAGGAGGCACGCAACUACGAGGCCAAAGUGUCCACCCAUUUCAGGAGUAACUACUGUGAGACGCUGGCCAAACUGGAGCAGCAGUACUGCAAACUACUGGAGCACUCGUCAUGGCGUCUGCGCAGCCUGGAAAGCCUACACUCUCUGGUGCGCGAGUGCACCGAGGAGCUGAUCUGGCUGAAUGAGCGCGAGGAGGAUGAAAUCGCCUUUGACUGGAGCCACAAUAACAGCAACAUGGACGCCAAGCGGGAGUUGUACAAUGAGUUGCGGCGCGAGCUAGACGAGAAACACGAUGUUAUGCGCUCCCUCCAGGAGACGGUCCUCCGCCUUUGUCAGGAAAACCAUCCCGCCAAGCAAACUCUGGAGGCGUACAGUGCUGCCCUGCAGACUCAGUGGCAGUGGGUGGACCAGCUUUGCGUGUGCGUGGAACAGCAUCUGAAAGACAACACGGCUUAUUUCAAGUUCAUGAACGACGCGCGGGACUGCGAGUCGUACCUGCGGCAGCUGCAGGAGAGCAUCAAGAGGCAGUACACCUGCGAUAGGAACAGCCGUCUUAGCAGGCUGGAGGACCUGCUGCAGGACUCCAUGGAAGAGAAAGAGCAGCUGAUCGAGCACCGCGGCAAAGUGGCCAGCCUGGUGGGGCGCGCCAAGACGCUGGUUCAGUUGCGCCCCCGCUCCAUCGACAGCCCGCUGGUGGCGGCCAUCCCAAUACGUGCGGUCUGCGACUACAAACAAAUAGAGAUCACGAUAAUCCGCGGCGAGGAGUGCGUGCUGGAGGACAACGGACAGCGCACCAAAUGGAAGGUGAUAAGCCCCACUGGCAACGAGGCCAUGGUGCCCUCCGUCUGCUUCACUGUGCCACCGCCCAACCAGGAGGCCAUUGAUGCUGCUAGCAGGACGGAGCAGUUGUACCAACAGGUGAUGUCCUUGUGGCACCAGCUGCACGUCAAUAUGAAGAGUGUCGUUUCUUGGCACUACCUUGUCAAAGACCUCCGGGCCGUCUCCGAAUGGAACCUGGACACGAUCCGCAACCAGUCGCCUUCGGAGCGCCAGCAAACCCUGGACAACUUAGACUCCCAUCUGUCCGACUUCCUGACCGACAGCAAAGAAAGUUCACUGUUCACGCCGGCGGAGCGACGCGAGCUGGAGACGGAAGUCCGUCAAGCCCGGCAGCACUGCCAGGAUUUGUUGCUCAACAUGGAGAGCGCGGAGAAAGACGAGUCGGAGUCUCGCUCGUACUUGUCGGAGCUGCAAAACGUCAGUUUGCGUCUCAAUGAGGCAGAGAAGAGAUUGAUUGGCGCCAUUCAGACGCCCGCUCGGCUUUCGGACGACAGCACGGACAAUGCGCUCAGGAUAGCUGAGCAGGAGAAUCUCAAGUCUGAGCUAGAUGAGGUCCGCUCCAGUUUAGGCAGCGUGUCCCGGCGCUGCGUGGCCUUCUUGGAGGACAAGCCCACGUCCUCGGGCGUCCCGGCGCUACGUUCAGAACUUAACCAAACCGUGGAGAAGAUGGACAAGCUGCACCACCUCUCGUCUGUCUUCCUGCAAAAAUUAAAAACAGUGGACGUUCUGAUGCGCUCUCUGGAGGAUGCUGAAAGUCAGGUCAGGAAGUACGAGAGCAGGCUCAGCGAGGAGGACGUCCUUCCCGCGGACACGGCGGCCAUUCAAAGCCUCAGAGAUCAAUUAGGGGUCUGGCAGUCCGAGCUGUCAGAGCAAGAGGGCUUCUUUCAGUCCCUGCAGUCCGACGUCAUCGGGGCCAAGGACGCGGCGGCGAGUCUCGCCGUCCUCCAUCCGGACCGAAGCACGGAGCUGGAGCGCUACCAGGAACGAGCCAAUCAGGCAGAAGAGCGGUGGAACGGUGUUAAGAAGCAGAUGGAAACCCGGCGAGCAGAGCUUGAAGGUAUCGGUUCAGUUCUGCAGCAGUACAGGGACGGUCACUCGGAGCUUAUGAAGUGGAUCCAAGAGACCACGCAACGGCAGGAGAACACGCCAGCCGGGAGCACCGACAGCAAAGCGCUCUCUGAGCAACUGGCGCAGCAAACGGCUUUAGUCGCUGAAAUUGAAGACAACCAGACCAAACUAGAUGAAUGUCAGACUCACUCCAAGCAAUACUGCACUUCGGUCAAGGACUACGAACUUCAGCUAAUGACCUUCCGAGCCUUCGUGGAGUCCACGCACAAGUCGUUGGUGAAGAGGAGGAGAAUGCACUCUUCCUCUGAUGCCAUCACUCAGGAGUUUAUGGACCUGCGCACACGCUACACAGCUUUGGUCACGCUGACAACGCAGCACGUCAAAUACAUCAGCGAUGCCCUCAGGAGACUGGAAGAGGAAGAGAAAGAGGUGGAGGAAGAGAAGCAAGCAAGAGUAGGCCAAGUGUCAGAUUUGCUGGCUUGGAUCGGAGGCCUCCAGGGACGGAGCGGCGGCCCCAACGCUGAGUCCUCACUCGCUGCGCAACAGGCCAUCAGUGAACAACUGGCGGCCAAGAAAGAUGACGUGGCCGAAGCCAUCAGGAGCACGCAGGUCUUCCUUCUCUCCAAACAAGCCGCCAAGCUGUCCCCGGAUGAACGCGCCGAUGUGGAGGCGCAGCUGGACCGGCUGACGACCACCUACCAGAACAUGUGCGAGGCCUCCACGCAGCAAAUGCAGCAGUUGGAAAAGCAACUGGCCAAGGAGGAGGAGAGAAAGACCACACUUUGCAUCGCCGGCGUGAUUGACCUGGGCAGUGUGGAAACCUUUCCGGUUUUCCAGGCUGCUCAACGAGGCCUGAUUGACCAGGACACUGGUCGAAUUCUGCUUGAAGCCCAGCUCAUAGCGACGGGGGGUCUUCUCACGCCUGAUGCCCCCAUCGGCCUCUCCCUGGAUGAAAGUCUUUCUGGUGGUGUGAUAGACGCUCACACUUGGCAGUCCCUCUCCGAACUGGAAAACACUUGGCUCCAGGUGGAAACCGCAACUGGUGGCCAGCAAUUGGAUGUGCACGCAUUUACUGCAGUUGUGGAGUCUGGGCUUAUUCAAGAGGAGGCAGGACUUCAUAUUCUUGAGCUUCUAAUGCGAGAAGAAGACUUAAAGCUCUUAUCGUCCGAGAGCCUUCAGGCUAAGCUUGAGUUCAGGCUUCAAAACAGGAAGCUGAUAGAUCCAAACACAGCUGAGAAAGUGAACCUUCCUGAGCUGAUUCGACGCUGUGUCCCAGACGACGAAACAGGUCUCCCACUGCUUCCUGUUAAGCAACAACCCGGAGGAAGCGUCUGCCUCUCCUCUGGCAGAAAAGUUGGCAUCUUCCGCGCCAUUGAGGAAGGACUAAUCGAUCGACAAGUGGCCAAGCGGCUUCUGGAAGCUCAGUUAUAUGCCGGCGGGAUUGUGGACCCCAGAUCUGGACAUCGGCUGACCGUACACGAAGCGGUUCGUCACGGACUCAUGGACCAGGAUUUUGCCUGUUCUCUGUUUGCGCGACAGCUGAAGAAUGGUGGGAUCCUCGACCCAGUAACUAGAGAUCGUUUGGAUUUGGAGGAGAGUAUUGAUAGGGACCUUCUUUCCUCCCGAAUGGCUCUGCUGGUCCUUGAGUCCCUUUGGGCAUUCAUGGGAGUACUCUGGCCUGAAUCUGGUGAGGUUCUGUCCAUCGCCGAGGCUCUUCAGCAGGGAGUUAUCUCAGGGGAGUUGGCACGAAAAAUCCUCAGGCAGCGACACGCUGUUGGAGCAAUGUACAAAUCGGAAACUCUCCAGCUACUGCCCAUCGAGGAAGUCCUGGAGCCCAAUGCAGUCCAUAUUCUCAAAGAAAUCCAUUUUCCAGAUGUUUUCACUAACAUGAACGCUUCAGGCGCACCGUCUCUGAACCGUUUCAGUUGGGGUUCAAUUUCUUCACCUCCUGCUUCCAUUCCAGCCAGCCUCGCAUGGGAUGGUUCAGCAAAUGUUGGGAUGGAUUCCAACCAGCAAGCGGAACACAGGCUGCUCUUUCACCUCAUGACUCACAGCUAUGUGGAUGCACACUCAGGGAAACGUGUAGUGCUUUUAGAACCUGAGUUACUGGAGUUGGUUAACGGAAUACGGUCAAAAAAUGGAGACAUGCCUCGCUUAUGUUCGAUGGCAAAACCGAUUACAGACGGACAAUUAAAGCCAGAAGUUGGAACUUAUACCAAUAGUGUAUUACAAAACCAAAUAGUUGAUUCCACAUGCACAAAAGGACAACAAGAUCAUAAUGAAGCUAAACCAGAAUCCUCUCCAAAUGUUAGCGUUCAUUUAGACUGGCCAUCAGAAAUUGUUGCAGUUAAAAGCAGCGAAAAAGAAAGAUCUGGUCAGGAAAUUUCAACCGUAAAGUUCAAAAGUCUUAAGGAUCCAUCUAAAAAAGACACAGAGGAAGAAAUGGUCGCUGAAUCCAAAGUUCUCCAGACAGCAGUAGAGUCAGAAAACAAUGAUACCCUUUUGAAGGAUUCAAAAAACAAAGAUUCCAAUUCAAAAUAUUUAAGGAAAAGUGACAAGGUUGAAUGUGAGAAGCUCGAUCAGGAAGUCUUAAAGCUUGCCAAACCUGUUAUUGGUAUACCUGAUUCUACAUUGGGUGAAGAUGAUGCAGAAUUGUCAAAGUUGGUCCUCGAACUCUCUCAGGGAGGUUUCAUGACGGAAGAUGGAGAAAAGUUGCUCCCGGAUGAAGCUGUCGCUCAGGGCAUUCUUCCAGGCCAUACGGCGGUCAAAUUAAUGGCUUCCGUAGGAUUGUUUGGGGGUUUUCUUGACGCUAGAAGUGGUGAGUCACUGAGCAUAGAUGACGUCAUGCAGGAAUGUUUACUGGAUGAGGAUCUGAUGUGGAGUGUUCUAAAGUCGGAUAAAACAAUUGCCGGGAUCAUGGAUGUGGAGAAAAGUAAGAUAUGUGGAGUGAAAGAAGCAGCUCAAGCUGGUUUGAUAGAUGCCAACACUGCUGCUCGAAUGCUCGAAGCACAGGUGGUCUCUGGAGGUAUUGUAGACCUCCGCAGAGAUAAAAAAGUCUCAGUCACUUUGGCAUCAAACCUUGGACUGAUAGAGGAAGAUCAAAGAGAAGAACUAGUUGCACUCGAGAAGGCCUACAAAGGAAAAGUGAGCGAUUCUGAAGUAGCUCUUACUAAAGCCAUUUUACAGCUGCAGGUGGAAGGUGUUAUUGACCCAGAGACUGAGCGCCCUGUUCCUCUGGACCAGGCCAUUGAGAAGCGCUUAAUAAACCCCCAAGAUGCAUAUCAGGUGUUGCAGAGACAGGUGGCCGAGGGCGGGAUAAUCCAUCAUGCAUCCGGGAUGCGGCUGCCAGUGUCUGAUGCUGUAGACAGAGGUCUGGUGGACCGAUCCCUCGCACCUGCCUUGGAGGAGCUCGAGCUGGCUUACCAGCAAACAAGCACCUCCUCAAACAUGAAGUUUGCAGCUUUACAAGCAUCAACUGGGGCAAUUUUUGACCCCCACUCGGAAUCCAAAAUCGCAUUGAGUGAGGCCGUUGCAAGGGGUCUUCUGAACGAAAAGGUUGCACGUGAAGCCAUGGCUUCUAAUGCAGCAACACAGGGGGUGCUUGAUCCACAAACCGCACUUAUUGUGCCCUACUCAGAUCUUGUAAGAAAGGGUAAGAUUGACAUUGAGACAGGCAAGCGAUUUUUAGAAGUGAAACCUUUUAAGGGGAUUGUGAACAAACAGACAAAAACCUUCAUGACCCUUCCUGAAGCUUUAGCUGCAAAACAAGUUGACCCAAUUCCAGCUCUGAGACUACUCCAAAGCCAGGCGGACAGUGGUGGCAUCGUUGAUAUCAACACUGGAGAAAAGCUUACUCUACCUGAAGCUUCUAAAAAGGGUUUAGUCUCAGAGGCUAUGGUUUUAGACAUUGCCACAAACCAAUUUAUGAAAGGUGGUUUAGUUAAUCCAGGAGCUGGACAGCGAGUGUUGAAUCUCAGUGACGCAGUUGAUUCAUGUCUGAUUUCUAGUAACAUGGCUUCGGAAAUUGUGGAAAGAUUGACUCCUUCGGCGAUAAAAAUUGCUGAUGAUACUUCACCGGCUGUCUCCUUGUCACAAAGCACAGAGAGCACAAUUAGCCCUGAUGUGCCUUCAUGGGGUUAUAUAGAACCUUCGACCUAUGCAGAAUCCAGUGAUAUUACAAAUGAAGUAGAGACGUCUUUGGAUCCAGACCACUCUAUAGACCUUUUGAGUAACUUUGCUGCGGAUGUUGGGAAGAGAAUACAGCAAGCAAUAGAAAGUGCUGUCCCACAGAUCGCUACAUCAGAGACGUUAAAACCAAAGAUUGUAGAUGAAUUGCAGAUGAGCACAGAUGAACAAAAAGGACCCGAAUCUUUGGUUGCACAAUCAAUUCAAGCACAUGACACAGGUUUAGACAGCGGUGUCAAAGAAGAAGUUAGGGCAAAAUCAGCUGUGAUACCUGAAAUGUUGCUAUGUAAAUCCAAUGAUGAAAGAAGUACAUCAGUCCCAGAAAUUGAUGGUCUGCUAACUGACUCCAGAACACCUGAUAAGGAGAAAGAGAAGGUCAAACCAUGUUACGAGGAGAAGAGGAUGGAGGAUGUUGUCAUGAAGAACAAUUGGGAAAGACAGAUUUUGAAGUUGGAAACAGACCAACCUCCUGUCGUAGAGCAGCAAGAAAAAACUGUAAAGGAGAUUGUUCAACAGAUUGGCAGUGGAGAGAUAAUUCCAAAACGAACCUCAGUAGAACAAAUACAGGAGAAACAACAGAGCACACUUGUACAAAACGAAAGCAGAGCUGAUUGUGUAGUUACAGAAUCUAUUCAGAAAUGUGACUCCGGUAUUCACAAAAGUGAUGAGAAAGAGGGCAGAGAAGAGUCACAAGAUCAACCUGAGAAGUUGCAGUCCAGAUCUAGUGAAGAAAGCAGCACUUUGAUCAAGGAUGUCGAUGGUCUAGUGAGAGAUUUCACAACAGCAGUGGUUGUGGUUGACAAAGUUAAAGAACACGUAAAACCAAAGGAUGAGAAAUGUAGAAGAGAAACUACUUUGAGCAUUCAACUCGAGGCUUCCUUUGCAACUGAGCAGCAAGAAUCCCAGUUGGAGGAUAAAGUUCAGCAGAUUAAGGCAAAUAUGGCUUUUAAACCAAUGGCAGCAGACAACUCACAGAUAAGUGAGAUUAGCACAGCUGGACAAAGAGUAUGUCCAUCUGAAUGUUUAACAGGAGAAUCAAUUCAAGCACAUAACAGCGAUGUUGAGAACCAGAAAGAGAACAGGGAGAGUUCAAGUGGGAAAGCUGAAAUGUUUGCGUCUAAAGCCAAUAAUGAAAGCAGUACAUUGGCGCCAGACCAAGUCAUUCUUCCAAAUGAUUCCAGAAUUGAACACCCAUAUGACAGAGAUAGAGAACACGUGAAACCAAGUGACAAUGAACAUAGGAUGGAGGAUGUAGAAGAGGGUAAGAAUGCGGAAAGAAAGAUUUCAAGUUUUGAAACCAAGGCUCCUGUUGCCACGGAACAGCAGGAACUGCCUUUGGAGGAGGAUUUGGUCAAAGAAAGCAAAACCAAGAAAAAGAAGAGGAGUAAAAAGAAAGCAAAAGUCUCAGAGGAAGAAUUAACAACACCUAGUCAUGGCAAAAUGGUUGGGCCUCUUCAAGGGGACAAACUUGAAUCACACACUGAAGUAGCAGCUGAAUUCAAUGCUUUAAGUCAGAAUGUGAAUACAAAGUUGAGUAUUACGGACAAGCAGAAGACGGCCAUGAAGCUGAAAACCAGAGAGAAACAUCUUAAGGAGGUUUUUGAGGUGGGAGUAAGUGAUAAGGAGGAGGUUGAGGAAGUCAGGAAGAGAGAGACAGCAGACAUUGUAGGAACUCUUGAGAGUGGUCAAAUAAGACCAAAGAGAGUUGAAGAGGAAAACCCCCAACUGUCAGUUGUGAAAGUAAAUGCAGGUAUUUCUUUAAAUGAGAACACUAAUAAGGAGGAGCCUCCAGCCAUCAAGCAUGUGGAAAUGAAAAGACGUAAGAAGCCCAAGAGUUUGCUAGCCCAACCUGAUGAUUGUCAGAGCCAUCAAAAGGAAGGUUCUCAGUCCACAACAGGAAACGGCAAAAAGACAGUCAAAGUUGAUUCAAAUAGCUCACCUGAUAGUCCAUCUACAAGUAGAGACACUGAGGUUAUCCAAACCUCUACAACUAGUUCAAGUCCACCAGCGGAACCAAAUUCUUACUCCAAGGAGUUCAGUUCUUACAGCAAGGAACCAAUCCCUUCCGCUCUUGUUGAAAAACCUUCAGAGAAGAUGAAUUCUGCGUGCCAUCCACAUGUUCAACCUAAGGUUCAAUCUGAGGCUUCCACUAAACAAGCUGAAGAGAAGGAUCCACGUGAAACUACAACGAUAAAAGGUCUUGAUGUUAAGUCUCCAGAAGAUGCACUCUCCACAGAAGAAUUCUCUGACUACGGAUCAGAUGGAAUUCUGAGGUCAAUUCCAGGUUCUGACAGUCAAAGAGCAGAAGUGGAUGAAAGAGUACUGUCUACUUCUGGCAAGUCAUCCUUAGUACGCCAAGAGUGCCUCGAGCACGACCAGAGGAUCAUAGCACUGGUCUCCAUGGUCAGACACAUGGAAGUCAGACUUAAACAGCAACAGCAGCAGUCGGUUGGACGCAGCCUCAUCGCCUUGGAUGACAUCAUCAGGCAGACACAGGAUCUGGAUGUGGAGCUGCGAGAUCUGGAAUCUGAGAUCUCUGCAGAAGUGAAAGCUGCCCAACAGCAUUUGGUGUCACACUCGAAAGAUCUUCCUUCACAGCUCCUUGUUGCUCUGGAAAAGGACCAGCGGAGUUUGGCACGAGCCUAUCAAGCAGCUAGAUCACUUUCGGACGAUAUCAUGAGAAGCCUGCGAGACCACAGAGAUUCUCACAAGGAGGCUGUUGAUGCCGAGCUGAAAUCUCUCAGUGGACGAGUGGAGGCUCUUCUGUCUUGGUUGAAAGCGACAGAGGCACUUGUGAAUGAAGAAAAUGAAAAUACUGAGAAGGAAGCUCAACCAUCACAUCAGUUGCGUCUUUCUGAGGAGCUUCAGUCGAGCCUGACGUCUCGCUCUGGCGACGUAGCCGAAGUGGCUUUGAACGUCCAGGUUUUUAUCUCGGAGCGGGCACAGGAUCUGCUACCACAGCAGAGCAGGCGCCUCCUGGGGCAGCUUCAGCAACUGCAGAGGGCCUUCCACAGCGCAGUGGGACAGGCCCAAGCGCAAGCUACCGCCCAACAGGAGCGCGAGAAGGAACGGCGGCACUUGAAGGAAAUGAGGGUUGAUGUCGAAGAGAAAUUGAAGGAGAUAGAGGUGGUUCAGCAGCAGAAAGCAGAAUGUUCUCAAAAACUGGAAGGUCUCAGCGCCUGGUUAGCAGGAGCCAGUGCCGUUUUGGCCAAUCAGAAAGUGGAUUCAGUAAAGGAAUCGAGCGACAUGAGCGCCCUGCAGGACAAACAGAAGAAGUUAAAGGAAGUACAGAAGGACCUCCGGGCCAAAGCGGAUGACGUGUCUGAAGCUAUUCGCUCAGUGGAGGACUUACUGGCUGAACGAAGGGAAAGUUUGAGCGCGGAAGAGCGAAAGAACUUGGAGGUGGCGCUAGAGCGGAUGAAGGAGCAGUAUGACGCCUUGAGGGAGGCAGCUAACACGUCUGUGUCAGAGGUGGACAAAACCAUCAGCGCCACGCUUCAGCACAACACACAGAGGGCUAAAGCCUGUGAGCAGCUGCAGCAGACUCAGGACCAGAUGGACUCUUUGCUGAAGGAUUUGACUACACCUCAGCAAUCAAAAGCUCAGGAUGUCACCGACCUGUCCUCCUCACAGCCUGAUGCUGCCGUCGCAUCCCACACGGGGGAGUUGCAGGCCGAACUCCAGCGACUCCAGGCUCAACAGGCCCAGCUUCUUCAAAUCAGCCAGUCAGCUCGUGCGCUACUAGAACAGGCCGACUCCACGGUUUCUCCUGAGGAGAAAAGACGUCUACGAGCCACACUGGACCAGUUGCAGACGGAACACCAGCAAAAGCUACACAGCUGCCAGGAGCGACUGAGAAAGUCCGAGGCGCUAAAGGACGAGCUGGCAAAGUUCCUCCAGGAGCACGGAAAUCUCGGUGCCUGGCUGGAGCAGAGCGAGCAGGAGCUUAAGUGCUUGGGAGAAGGAGAAACAAAUGCUCAAGAACUGAAAAACAGGCUGGAGGAGCACAGAAAGCUGGCUGAGGACAUCAUCUGCCACAAGGCUGACCUGCGCUUCGUCUCCAUUUCGGGCCAGAAGGUUCUUGACUCCUGUCAGGGUGCCCUGGAACAGCAUGGGGAGUCUGGCGAUGGCUCUCUUGAGGCCACCAAGCAGCUGGUGACAGACAAGCUGCAGGACGCUAAUCACAGAUAUACCUCACUUCACGCCAAGUCAUCAGAGUUGGGCAGCCGACUCUCAGGACUGCUGGAGCGCUACCAGCAGUAUCAGGACGAGGUUGUCUCGCUCCAUUCGUGGCUCAGCACCCAGGAGCAGAACCAAAGUAUCGCCAAGCCCGUCGGUGCAGAUACAGACCCCAAGAACCUGCAGGACACCUUGCGGCAAGUCCAGCUGCUGCAGGACGAGCUAGCCGAGCGCUCGGUUCAGUUGGAAAAGGUGAAACGAGCCGGAAGAGUCCUGGUCAGCACAGACGAGUCUCCUUCCCUGAAGGCUGUGGAUAUCCUCUGUUCUGCAGAUGGUUUAGAGAAGAGGUUCUCGUCACUUUCGGCAUCCGUUUCGGAGCGGGCCGAGCAACUCCAAACGGCUGUGGCCCAGUCAGUGAGCGUUCAGGAAGGCUUGAAGGCUCUUCUGGCUUGGCUCGACACACUGGACCUGAACCCUGCGCCCGUGGAACCCACAGCGCAGGCCCUCCAGGAUGCCCUCACCCAGAACCAGAAACUCCGUCAGGAGCUCCUUUCCCACCAGGGCAGCGUGGAGGCCACUCGGGACUCUGUCGCUAAGCUGCUCCAAAGCCCCGACGCUUCCACUGCUUCAGGUCUACAGGGUUCUCUGGACGAGCUGACGUGGAGGUUCGCCGCCGCCCAGGUCAGCCAAGCUGGGCGGGAAGCCGAACUCAAGACUCUACUGCCCAAGCUGGAGAACUACGAGCGACUCUCGGGCGAUCUCGAGGUCUUCAUCCAGAGUCGUGCAAAGGAUCUGAGCCCAGCGGGUCAACCUGAUCGCAGCGUGGACGACUACAGGCAGACAGUAGAGGAAGUAAAGUCAGAGCUGCAACAAGAAGCCCCUCAGCUGAAGUCAUUCUGCAGCCUGGCAGAAGAACUCGGCACAUCACAAGUUUUGGGCCGCACACAAAGCCUCCUGGAGCAUGUCAAGGGCGUGUCGGAUGACUUUCAGCGACUUGAAGACGACGUUAACCAAAGACUGGCUGCCAUUUUGGCAUGUGAAGAGCAGCUCCUUCACUUCCGCGGGCUCUCCGGCUCCCUCCUCAGGUGGCUCCAGUCUGCACAGGAGCAGCUGCCCGCCAAAGAGGUCACCCUGGACACGGAGGCGCUGCAGAGGCGAGUCCAUCAGCUCCAGGAGCUUCUAAAAGAGUGGGAAUCACAGGCGUCCAGGGUGCAGGAGUUGAACAAGAGCGGCACUGAGCUGGAGGCACAAGUCAUUGACAUCACAGCCCCAAAAAGCAAAGCUGGUGCUCCCCAAAUCAACAGUUCUGCUCCCGGGAGUAUCAACGGAAUUCAUACUUGUAAAGACCUAACAGAGAUCCAGGUAGCCGUGUCCGACGUCAACGCCAGACACGAGGCACUGGGCGCGGACCUGAAUGAGCGCCUGAGCCGGCUGCAGGCCUCCCUGGAGCAGAGGCAGCGGGCCAGGCGCGGCGCUGAGGAGCUGCAGAGCUGGCUAAAUGACAAAGAGACUGUCCUCGCCCAGGGACAUACUGCCUCGCCGUCCAAGCCGGAGGUGGUGCGUGCUCAGGCCCAGGAGAACAAGGCGCUGCUGUCGGAGUUGGCAGAGCAGUCUUCUAAGGUGGAGGAGCUAAAGGGAACUCUAAGGAAACUGAUUGCCGACAACCCCGAUUCCCCUGAGGCUGACGCAUGGAGGCAACAGCUGCAAGAGAUCGACUCUCGGUGGCUCUCGGCCAAUCAGACAGCGUCGCGGCGCCAAGCGGAGCUGGAGACUUGCGCCGACCGACUGGGCAGCUUCGCGGCGGCUGCGUCUCAGCUCGGCCCGUGGCUACGCGAGAAAGAGCUGAUGAUGAGCGUGCUGGGACCGCUCAGCAUCGACCCCAACAUGCUUAACACGCAGAAACAGCAAGUACAGUUCAUGCUGCGGGAGUUUGAAACCCGUCGCCCGCAGUUCGACCAGCUCACCCAGUCGGCCGAGGGGAUUCUAUCACAAACGCAGGACCCAAAGGAAGCGGAGGACGUCCGGACCGAGCUGGACUCCGUCUCCAAGCAGUGGAGGGACCUGACGGGCAAGCUGGACCAACGCUCGGAGCAUAUAGACCAAGCGCAGGGCACCAGCGAGCGUUACCAAGCGCUGCUACGCGAGCUCUCGGCUAGCGCGGCCACUCUAGCUGAGCGUCUGGACGGUCAGGCAGAGCUGAGCGCCCGGCCUGAAGCGCUGAGGCAGCGUCUGCAGGAGACUGGGGAGAUCCGCUCGGAGCUGGAGAGGCGGCGUGGCGAGCUGGCCGAGGCCGAGCAGCUGUGCGAGGAGCUCAGCGCCAUCGUGGCUGAACCUUACCUAAAGGAUGAGCUGAAGAAGAGGCUCGAGAGUGUCAGAGCGCCGCUCAAGAGCUUAGAAGAACGUGCAGCCGACGGUCUAUCUCAGCUGCAGGCCGCGCUGUCCUCCACGCAGCAGUUUCAGCAGAUGUUUGACGACGUGCGCUCCUGGCUCGAUCGGCAGACUGAGCUCAAGGACUCAUCGCCGGACGCGCUGCCCUGCCAUCCCGAAGCGAUCCGUUCGCUGCUGUCCGACACCGCCGACCUCCAACGCUCCGUGGCGGCCCAGCGAGGUUCUUACGAGUUGAUCCAAGCGGAAGGCGCGUCGCUGCUCGCCGCCCUGCCCGCCGGCGGGGACGAGCGUGCCGCCUUGCAGUCCCGCUUAGAUAGCUUGCGGCAGGACUGGGAAGAGGUCAACACGAGGCUGUCGGAGCGGGAAAGCAGACUGAAAAGCACCCUGAGCAAGGCGGAAAUUCACGAGCGACACAAGGCCGAGUUCGCGCCGUGGCUGGAUGAAUGCGAGGAGAAAGACGCGGAGAUCCAGCCGUCGCUCGACUCGACGGGUCUGGAUGAGGCCCUGCAAAAGGCCAGGGGGCUUGCACUAGAACUGGAAAGACGGCAACCCUUACUGGAGGCGUUUAAUACGGCCGCUGAUCAACUGUUGGAGCAGUGUUGCCUCGGAGAGGAGGAGGUCCGAGACGAGAAGGCGCAGCUGAACAGGCGUCUGGAUGCCCUCGGCGAGCGUCUCAUCGGUCGUACGUCGCAGCUUGAGGAACUCUCAGGUCGUCUCAAGGAGUUUGACGAAGGUCGACAAGCGGUAGAGAGACGCCUGGAGGCCGCCAAGCACCAAAUCGAAGUCCAGGAAGCUUUAGGACCGCAGGCGUGUAGCGCCAAAAGCCUGGAGAGACUGAGGAGCCAGCAGGAGAACUUGGCGUGCCUGCAACCCCAAGUGGUUUAUCUGCGGGACCUGGCCCAGGGGCUGGUGCAGGACGCCCCCCAGAGGCCGGAGGGCAGCGCCGAGGGCGCUCAAAGGCUGCAGGAGCAGGCAAAACAUACUCAGAGCGAGUUUGACGAUGUCACCAGCAAGUUGGAGCAGUGUUGCUCCACACUGGAGUCACGUCUUCACGGGGUGGGCGAGGUCCAGUCACACGUACGCGACGUCUUCUCACGCCUGGCGGACCUGGACGACGAGCUGGACUCGCUGGGCCCAGUGGGACGCGACGCCGACUCGCUGGCCUCCCAGGCGGACACGCUAGGGGGCUUCCUCUCGCGUCUGGCCGCUCUACGCACGGAAUUGGAGGCGCACGCCGCAGAUUGCACGGCCAUGUUGCGCCGCGAAGGCUCUUCUCCCGAUCUGCUGGCUCUCAGGCGCGAGACGGAGGCGCUUAGUCGGCAGGCUGGAAAGCUGAACGAGCGCGGCCAGGCGCGUCUGGUCCAGAUCGAGGACGCCUCCGAGCGGGUGGGCGACUUCUACCGGCUGGUGAACGAGCUGCAAGGCCUGCUGGGGGCCGCCGAGAAGGGUCUCGACACGCAGAGCGUUGUGGGUUCCGAGGUGGACGUCAUCAAGCAACAGCUAAAAGACUUCAAGGCUCUAGAGCGAGAGCAGGUGGACGGCGUUCAGGCCAAGCUGCAGCACGUUAACGCAGUAGGCCAGGGUCUGAUCCAGAGCGCCGCCAAAAACACGGAUACGCAGGCACUGGAGCACGACUUGGACGCGACCAAUCAGAGAUGGAACUCCCUCAACAAGAGGGUGGCCGAGAGGAUUGCCCAGCUGCAGGAGGCCCUGUUGCAUUGUGGGAAGUUCCAGGAUGCACUGGAGCCGCUGCUGAGCUGGCUAAGCGACACCGAGGAGCUGGUGGCCAAUCAAAAGCCGCCGUCCGCUGAAUAUCGUGUGGUCAAAGCGCAGAUUCAAGAGCAGAAGCUGCUCCAGAGGCUGCUGGACGACAGACGGCCCACGGUGGAGAUGAUCCGCGCUGAGGGCGAGCGCAUUGCGUCCACCGCCGACGCUCAAGACCGAGAAAAGAUCCAGACGCAGCUGCGCAGUCUGGCCGAGAGGUGGAACGACCUUCUGGACAAGGCCGGCUCGAGGCAGAGGCAGCUGGAGGAGCUGCAGGUGUUGGCGCUCCACUUCCACGAGGCUCUUGAGCCGCUCGGCGAGUGGCUGAGCGCCACCGAGAGGCGCCUGAGCUCCGCCGAGCCCAUGGGAACUCAGACGGCCAAGAUCAGUCAGCAGAUCGUUAAGCACAAGGCCAUCCAAGACGACGUGUCCGCCCACGAAUCCGACGUGAACCGCCUACGUUCCCUCAGCCAAGCGCUGGCCCUGCUCAGUUGCGCGGCGGACCGCGAUUGGCUGGGUGAGCGCGUGGAGGCGGUGCAAUCGGGCCACGCCCAACUUUCUGAGUGGUGCGCGCGGCGGGCAGCGCUGCUGGAGCAGGCGUUGGCCAACGCCCGGCUCUUUGGCGAGGACGAGGUGGAAGUGCUCAACUGGCUGGCCGAGGUGGGCCAGAGGCUGGCACUAGUGUCGGUGCAGAGUUACCAACCUGACGUGCUGGCCGAACAGCAUAAACAUACCCUGUCUCUAAAUGAGGAAAUUGUAAGCAGGAAAAAAACAGUGGACCAGGCAAUCAAGAAUGGACAAGCUUUACUCAAGCAGACCACAGGCGAAGAGGUUCUUCUGAUCCAGGAGAAGCUGGACGGCAUCAAGUCUCGCUAUGCGGAGAUGACAGCGGGCAGCAGCAAAGCUCUGCGCACCCUGGAGCAGGCGCUGCAGCUGGCCACGCGAUUCGCCAGCGCCCACCACGACCUCAACCAAUGGCUGGAUGACGUGGAAGCUGAGCUCAACGAUGUGGAGCCCGACGCCUCACCAGCUUAUCAGGAGCGACAGAAGGAGUUGAAGAAAGUGUCGGCCGAGAAACGGCUGGUGUUGGACACCCUUAACGAGGUGGGCAGCGCCCUGCUGGAUCUGGUGCCCUGGCGAGCCCGCGAAGGCUUGGAUCGAUUGGUCGCCGACGCCAAUCAGCGCUACCGACAGGCCGACGACACCAUCACGCAGCGGGUGCAGCUCGUGCAGGCUGCCAUCCAGAGGUCACAGCAGUACGAGGAGGCUGUUGAUGCAGAGUUAGCCUGGGUGGGCGAGACGGAGCGCAAGCUAAUGUCAUUAGGCCCGCUGAGCCUGGAACCCGACGUGACCGUGGCCCAGCUGCAGGUCCAGAAGGCUUUCAACAUCGACAUCAUUCGCCACAAGGACACUGUGGAUCAGCUGCUCGCCACCAGGGACGACAUCCUGGAGACGUGCAGCGACGCUCAGAAGGAUGCGCUAAUGGUGAAGACAGACUCGCUAAGCGCCCGCUACGAUGCUGUCAACCAGAGCCACAGUGAGCGAUUCGCAGCCCUGGAGCAGGCUCAGGUGCUCGUGGCCCGCUUCUGGGAGACAUACGAGGAACUCGAGCCGUGGCUGGGCGAGACCGAAAACCUAAUUGGGCAGUUGCCGCCGCCCGCCAUCGACACGGACGCCCUACGUCUGCAGCAGGACCAGAUGAGGCUUCUGAGAGAAUCCAUCGCGGAGCACAAGCCACACAUCGACAAGCUACUAAAGAUCGGACCCUCGCUGGCCGAGCUGAGCGCGACGGAGGGCCCGCGAGUGAUACAAUGCUAUGCCGAAGCCGAGCGCCGCUACCUGGCCAUCAAAGAAGAAGUCAAAAGUCGCGCGGCGUUGUUGGACGAUGCCGUUUCGCAGUCUGCGCAGUUCCACGACAAGAUGGACCCCCUGCUGGAGACCCUGGAGGCAGCUGUUCAGCGCCUACGUUCACCUCCUCCGGUAGCGGCCGAGGUGGACAAGAUCCGCGAGCAGCUGGCCGAGCACCGGGCACAAGGCUUGGAACUGGACAAACUGCUGCCCAGCUUCUCGGCCCUCUGCGCUCGAGGAGAGGAGCUCAUCGGCCGGGCGGCCCACGACGACCCGGCUGCCCAUGCUGUCCACUCCCGCCUGCUGCGCCUGCGCUCGCUGUGGGACGAAAUACGCCAACGGGCCGAGGAGCGCGAGAGCAAACUCAACGACGUGCUGGACUUGGCUGGCAAAUUCUGGGCGGACGUGGCGGCCCUGCUUAGCACGCUGCGUGAUUCGCAGGACAUCGUCAAAGAACUGGAGGACCCUGGCGUGGACCCCUCGCUUAUCAAGCAGCAAAUUGAAGCUGCCGAGGCCAUCAAGGCAGAGACGGACGGUCUAAGGGAGGAACUGGAGUUUGUCAGGACCCUUGGGGCUGACCUCAUCUUCGCUUGUGGAGAAACCGAGAAACCUGAAGUCAAAAAGACAAUCGACGAGAUGAACGGUGCGUGGGAAAGCCUCAACAGGACGUGGCGAGAGCGGAUGGAGAGGCUGGACGAAGCUAUGAGCGCCUCCGUGCAGUACCAGGAUGCACUGCAGUCCAUGUUCGACUACUUAGACAACGCGGUGAUCAAACUGUGCGAAAUGUCGCCAGUGGGCACUGACCUGGGAACGGUCAAACACCAGAUUGAAGAGCUCAAGCAAUACAAAGUGGACGUCUACCAGCAGCAGAUCGACAUGGAGAAGCUAUGCCACCAGGGGGAGCUGCUGCUAAAGAAAGUGUCAGACCAGACCGACCGGGAUAUGAUCCAGGAGCCGUUAACUGAGCUUCGCCACCUGUGGGACAACCUGGGGGACAAGAUCACCCAGAGACAGCACAAGCUGGAAGCUGCCCUGCUGGCCCUGGGUCAGUUCCAGCACGCUCUGUCUGAGCUGCAGGCCUGGCUGAGCCACACGUACACCACGCUGGACACACAACGACCAAUCAGCUCAGACCCCAAAGCCAUCGAAAUUGAGCUCGCCAAACACCACGUUUUACGCAACGACGUUCUGUCUCACCACGCCACGGUGGAGGCGGUCAACGCAGCGGCCGCCGAACUGCUUGAAUCUUCCCCCGGGGACGAGGCUGGCCACCUCAGGGACCAGUUAGACCAACUCAACCAUAGCUGGCAGAACCUCCUGCUUAAGACACAGGAGAGGCAGAAGCUUCUCGAGGCCGCCUUGCAACAGGCAGAGGGCUUCCAUGGUGAACUUGAGGAGUUCCUUCAGUGGAUGAGGCGGACGGAGAGCCAGCUUUCCGCAGCCAAGCCCACCGGAGGCCUCCCCGAGACGGCGAGAGAGCAGCUGGAACAGCACAUGGAGCUCCAAGCACAGCUUACCCAACGGGGCGAACAGUACCACCGUCUACUGGACGCGGGGGAGUCCAUGCUUCUUGCUCGUGGCGGGGACGACGCCGGACCAGGGACCACGCAAACCCAGCAGAACUUGGCCAUGCUGCAGAACAAGUGGGCCAGCCUCAACACCAAGAUGGACGACCGCCGGGCAAAGCUAGAAGAGGCUCUAUCCCUGGCAACCAGUUUCCAGACAUCACUGCAGGAUACCAUCAACUGGCUGACGCAGGCGGAGCAGACCCUCAACAUGGCGCAGCCCCCCAGCCUCCUCCUGGACACAGUUCUCUUCCAGAUUGACGAGCACAAGGUUUUCGUCAACGAGGUGAACACACACCGUGAGCAGGUUCUGGCCCUAGAGAAGGCCGGCUCCCAGCUGCGCUUCGCCAGCCUGAAGCAGGACGUCGUCCUUAUCAAGAACCUGCUGUUGAGCGUUCAGGCCCGCUGGGACAAGCUGGUUCAGAGGUCUCUGGACCGCGGGCGGCAUCUGGAUGAGGCUCGCAAACGGGCCAAGCAGUUCCACGAGGCCUGGAGGAAGUUAACCGAUUGGCUGGAGGAGGCCGAGAACCGACUGGACUCGGAGCUGGAAAUCCCCAACGAACCCGACAAGAUCAAAGUGCAGCUAACCAAACACAAGGAAUUUCAGAAAGCGCUUGGCUCCAAGCAGCCGGUCUACGACACCACAGUUCGGUCGGGCCGGGCCAUGCGCGACAAAGCUCAGCUGCCGGCUGACACCCAAAAGUUGGAUCACCUGGUGGGCGAAGUCCGAGACAAGUGGGACACCGUCUGUGGGAAAAGUGUGGAGAGGCAACACAAGCUCGAGGAGGCAUUGCUGUUCUCGGGUCAAUUUGCCGAGGCCCUCCAAGCCCUGGUGGACUGGCUUUACCGGGUAGAGCCGCAGCUGGCGGAAGAUCUGCCUGUGCACGGUGACCUGGACCUGGUUUCCAAUCUCAUGGACUCCCACAAGGCCUUCCAGAAGGAGAUGGGCAAGAGGACAGGCAGCGUUCAGGCCCUUAAGCGUUCGGCCCGAGACCUCAUGGAGACGGGCCGCGAUGACACGGCGUGGGUCAAAGUUCAGCUGCAGGAGCUGAGCAACCGCUGGGAGACGGUGUGCGCGUUGUCCGUCACCAAGCAGACGCGACUGCAGCAGGCGCUCAAGCAGGCGGAGGAGUUCCGCACGGCGGUCCAGAUGCUACUCGAGUGGCUGUCUGAGGCCGAGCAGAGCCUUCGCUUCCGCGGCGUCCUUCCGGAGGAGGCGGAGACCCUGCAAGCGCUGCUCCACACCCACCGUCAAUUCAUGGGCACCGUAGAGGAGAAGCGGGUCGAGGUCAACCGGGCGGCGGGGAUGGGCGAGGCCAUCCUAGCCUUGUGCCACCCGGACUCCAUCACAACCAUCAAGCACUGGAUCACCAUCAUCCGAGCGCGCUUUGAGGAGGUGCUGACGUGGGCGAAGCAGCACGAGCAGCGUCUGGAGGUGGCGCUGACCGAGGUUCUGAACAACGCUAACCUGCUGGAGGAGCUGCUGUCAUGGCUCCAGUGGGCCGAGACCACCCUGAUUCAGAGGGACACAGAUCCCCUCCCUCAGGACAUCCCCCAGGUCAAAAGCCUGAUCACAGAACAUCAGAUGUUCAUGGAAGAAAUGACAAGGAAGCAGCCGGAUGUGGAUAAAGUGACCAAAAGUUACAAAAGGAAACCCGCUGACCCUCCUAGCAGCCUGGCAGAGAGGAGAGGAGGACGGCGACACCAGCAACAACAACAACAGCAGCAGCAUCACCAUCAUCAUCAUCAAGCCUCCAUGCAGGUUCAGGGGACCAACCCGCGACUCAACCAGCUGUGUGCCCGCUGGCAGCAAGUUUGGCUUCUGGCGCUGGACCGCCAGCGAAAACUCAACGACGCACUGGACAGGCUAGAGGAACUCAAAGAAUUCGCCAACUUCGAUUUUGACGUGUGGCGUAAAAAGUAUAUGCGAUGGAUGAACCAUAAGAAGUCGCGGGUCAUGGACUUCUUCCGGCGUAUCGACAAGGAUCAGGACGGGAAGAUCACGCGCCAGGAGUUCAUUGACGGCAUCCUAGCGUCCAAGUUCCCUACCAGCAAACUGGAGAUGACGGCUGUGGCGGACAUCUUCGACCGAGACGGCGACGGCUACAUCGACUACUACGAAUUUGUGGCCGCCCUGCAUCCCAACAAGGACGCUUACAGACCCACUACGGACGCUGAUAAGAUCGAGGACGAGGUGACUCGGCAGGUGGCGCAAUGUAAAUGUGCCAAAAGGUUCCAGGUGGAGCAAAUAGGGGAGAACAAAUACCGGUUCUUCCUCGGAAACCAGUUCGGCGACUCGCAACAGCUUCGCCUGGUGCGCAUCCUGCGCAGCACCGUCAUGGUGCGGGUGGGCGGAGGCUGGAUGGCUCUGGACGAGUUCCUGGUCAAGAACGACCCGUGUCGAGUGGCAGUCACUCCAGGGUAUUUCUGCUGCAGAGGUAUCUACCCUUUCUUCUCUCUCUCCAUCCCUCCAAACUCACUCUCCAUCUUAAUCCACACAGCUGUGUGUUGUUUGCCUCUGCGGUCAGGUUGUGGUCAUAUGGAUGGAUGUUUGGGCAGCUUGCUUCAAAACCCCAGCGGCUCUUCACUCUUUUUAAACUUGACUUUUUCAACUUGAGUUAGAAUGUCGUAUUGUUGUUUUCAUUGUUCAGGUUGAGUGUUUAAAAAAAAAACAAUCUGCAUGGAUGUGUUUAACACAAAAAGCUAAGUUUAAAAAAAAAAAUAACAUACACGUUGCUUACUUCAAUACAUGCACCUACUUCAAGUCCUAAUACACACUUACACAUGCAUUACUUCAAAAUAAACAAAUACUACAGUAGGGGUGUACAAUAAAUUGAAAAGGUAUACAGGUAGUCCCCGGUUUACGAACGAGUUCCGUUCCUGUGCUGGCGAUGUAACGCAUAAGUCUGAAUUAGCCCUUUAAAUACCCUCAAAAAAAAAAAAAAAAAUCUCAAAACAUGUAUUACCGUAUUAGCCUGAAUAUAAGACGGUGUUUUUUGCAUUGAAAUAAGACUGAAAAAUUGGGGGUCGUCUUAUAUUCGCGGUCUAGACGUUAUACCCAUUCACGACGCUAGAUGGCGCCAGAUAUCAUUGAAGCAAUGUUUUGUCAUGACAGAUCUCAGCUACUCUCAAGUUUAACCAGUUUGCAUUAUUUUAUUGCAACGUUUUUCCUUGUUCAGAUUUGUUUCAAGACUACAGUUAGUUAGACUUUACUUUGAUGGUUAAUGCAGUUAUUGCAAUUUUGUUGUUUUAUCACAAUAGAUUAAUUCAUUUACAUUUCAAAAACCAGAAGCCAUUCAUUUAUGAAUGUGAUUGCACUUUAGUUUACAUAUUUAAAUGUUCAGAUAUUAAGAUUUGAAUGAGGCAAAAUAACAUGCUUUUCUCUCAAAUAUAUUGUUAUAAUCAUUUGUUUCAGAUGUACUGUAAUUAUCUUCUAUAUAGAAAUUAAUUUGGUGUUCAAAAAGUCUUUUUUCAAACUUGAGUCUUGAAAAAGAGGGGGUUGUCUUAUAAUCAGGGACGUCUUAUAUUCGGGCCAAUACGGUAUAUGUCAUUGUACUGUCCUUGCUAAGACGUUGAAGCAAAGUCCCAACUAGACAGUGAACUAAGCUCCGAUAUGACGAUGUCAGACGUCCGCGUGGUUUGCUGACUUUAUUCAGCUGCUGAUGACAUCAACACUUGCAGAAUGAAACUAAAAUAAAAUGAAAUUAAAUCAGUCUGCUCUUCAAUAACAGCAAUUCAAAUUUGCGUUUACAAGUAGCUGCUGAUACAGCAAUAACAAGCGACUAGCAUGCAUCAGUUAGCGUCCGUGCAUCAUCAAAAACAAUCACAUAAACUCGCCCCAAGUAUUCGACCACAAUUGAAAGCGUUAUAUAGAGCCGUCGCCUCGGAAUGCUUCACAAGCAACAAAUGUGCGCGCAGGCUGUCACUUGGCUGCUCUGUGUGUGGGGUGGGCGGGGGCGUCUGUACAUGCACUUGCUUCCUGUUCUACGCUUGCUGCGCCAAAAUAAAAACAUGCAACAUAAUACAAAAGUCAACAUAAAAAAAAAAGAAAGGAAAAAAACAACGAGUCGCAGGCGUCAUUAAGUCGAAAUCGCGCAACUCUGGUCCAUCGUAACCCAGGGACUACCUGUAUACAGUGAAAAAAUGCAGUAUUUUAUUAAACAAUGUUAAGAUAAAUGCAUGUAUACAUGGACAAAUCAUUCUAUAAUUAUUACCCUUGCAGUGCUUAAAAACCAUUUAUUAAAAAAUAUACAGUAUAGAUACGUUUUUUUGUUUGUUUGUUUUUUUAAUUUGGGGAAGAAGGGAAACACAUGUCUUAUAUGUACCUUAAAUUUGAAUAAAUACAUCAAACACAGCAAUUUUUUUUUUUUUUUAAAAUGCAAAUAACCUCCACCUCUACUUUAUGGAUUUUCGAUUUUUGUGGGAUGGGAAUCAGGGAUUCCAUUAACGUCAGUGGCACAGAAACCAGUACAUUCACAGGUUUUGUGAGCAUUUACAGGUUACCUCCUGUAUAUUUUGAGUCACUUCCUUUUAGGUAACCCAAAAUAAACGGGAAGUGACCUGUAAAUACCCCAAAAUGAACAGGCUAGGAAAUGAUGUGAAAUGCCCCGAUAUGAAGUAAUUGCCUGGCAUUGGCUGCCAAUGACAGCCAUAGACAUCCAAUCCGGUAUGAAAUGGGAGGGAUGCCAGUAAAUGAAUGAACGUUCAUGGCUGCCACCCUCACACUUCAAACGGAUUGGAUGCCUACUAGCGAUAAAGACACAGCAGAGGGAUGAAAAUAGCUUAUUUUUUUCUGUUUAUUAGUUGUUUUGCAGAAUAUCCUAGAAUAAUUUCCUGGAAUUGUAUAGCAUAUACUUUGGACCCACAAUCGCCACCAAGCUGAGCUCCUCACCAGUCACCUAAGCUAAGCUAGGCUAAUCGCUGCCCUGCUGCUUUUUUCAUGCAUCUUGAGCGUCGCACUCAUUCAUUUUUGUCUCACUGCACUUUUGUAAAGCAUUGUGCUUAUUCUUGAUAUCUUAUUGUUGUGAUGAUGGCUUGUCGUCGUCGGCUGCUGCACUUUGUCGAGUCACCAAAUGCUGCUCCGUGAUAACGCAAAGCAUGCAGUGUACAAAAGUGAGUACACCCCUCGCAUUUUUGCAGAUAUGUUUUCAUGGGACAACACUGACAAAAUGACACUUUGACACAAUUAAAAGUAGUCUGUGUGCAGCUUAUAUCAUAGUUAAUUUAUUUCCCCCUUAAACUAUGGC